AUGGUAGAGGCGACAAUUGCAAGCCUCGAGCACGCGCUCGGCUUCAAGUGGAAGGUGCACGGAAGCAGGCAUAGAGCCACAAACACUCCACUUCCCCUGAUCGAACAAGCCAUCGAAGAGCUGACAGAAGAGCUCAGCAACGCGCGCGUAAAGAACAAACGCGUUGAGCGUCACGAAGACGAACUGGAUAGCAUUGACGAGCACUUCGAUCGUAUUGGCCCCGAGCUGUGGCCCGACGAGGAUCCCAAUCGAAAUACCUGGCUUGUUGAUGCCAACGAGGAGAACUUUGACGGGUUGUAUCCUCGAAACUUGUACUUCUCCGCACCCGAGGACUAUGAAUUGCUCAGGGAAGCCUUUCGAGACUUGCUUCUGUACAAAGUGGGCGUCCAACUGUACGAGCGAAGCCGCAAAGAAGCGCCGUGCAAAGACCAAGAUAGCUCCGAAAUCAACCAGGGCUCAACGACAACGACAGAAGCAACGCAGGAAGACGAAGGCCCCAUUGCACCCGAGCAGACUUCGUGCACCAAACCACAGAACAGCUUUUCCCCUGCAAUUCGGUCAUCCCUACGCAAGCACAUCUUAAAUGCAUUUCUGCAAUCCGAGAGCAGCGAAUCAGACGAGCUGCCUCCGGAAGUGCUCGUAGCCAUCGCGGCCGCCGUAGUUGACGACAAAACCACGUACAAGUGGCGAGGUACCAGUUACAACGUACCGGAGGAUAUGCUGGCAGAGGGAAAAAAGAUCAUUGAGCGCUUCUCGAAAUCCCCAGAAGACGAGCUUCAGCCCGCGGUGAGCUCUGCAAACGGCCGUUGCGAAGUCAUCGACCUCGACCUGUUGUCCAGUGACAAUGAGGAGGAAGACGUCCCAGAAGAGAGAACACCGUCCUCGCCAGAGAUCCUUCCAAGCCAGCACAAUCGAGCAAUGCCUCGUAGUCUCGCAGAAAUGCGGGCCUUCCUGUCGACCAUCAACUUUGAAGUGCAAUUUCGCGUUCGACAAGAUGACUCUCCCGUCGUGUCUCUCCGUGGUUGUUACAGCUCUGCAAAACUAUUCGAGCGGAUCCAAGCCAGCAUACCCGAAGAUGCUCAGGUUCGAGAAGUCCAAGCGUUCAUUGUCUACUUCCAAGGAGUGCGCGAAAUUCGCGUCCGCAAAGACCAUGAGCUGGACUUCCAAAAGCUCGUCCACAGGAUGAUUUGCGAAGACGUGCACGAGGGCUUCGUGGCAAUCGAAUGGUAG